AUGCCGGCUUGCGAGUAUGAAUCUGACGGAGAAGGUGAGAGCCUGGCUGGUGCUUCAGACAGCUCGGACGAUCUUGCUGGCGAGCUUCUUCAAGGUGUGGAACAAGGGAGCAUUCCUGCGUGCCGUGCUACGAAGAUGGCUGGUAUGAUCUCUCGCAAGUUCAAAAAGCAUGGAAUUGUGGAUUCCAACCUGUCCCUUCUGGGAGUUCAGAGGGGCGUCAAAGGAGAGAAUCAUUGCCGUCGGCUUCACGCGUUUGCUCGGAAGACGGAAUGCCUCUUGAGCGUUCGCGUCCAGAAAGUACAAACCAUCGUGCGACAAAUUGAGAAGUCGAAAGUUCAUGAAGUUGAAAUUGAUUACCCAGUCCUGCCUCUUUCUUCGUGGAUGGAGACGUCCUUCAACCUUGGUGGUCAUUUUUUUCUUGGAGGGAAAGGUUUGAGCAGUUUCAGCCAGUUCUCCAAGAUUUUGUGCGACUUUUGGAGGCGGUAUAGACCGUUGGACCCGGACCUGCCAUUCUUCGAAGACGUUGGGGAGCCAUACUACCAUUGCAGUUUUCCUGUGGCAGUUCAUGGCGAUGAGGGGCGCGGCCGCUAUAAGCGGCCGAUCCUCGUACUAAGUUUCCAACCGGUUCUGAGCAAUAUGAAGGAUGAGGUCAACCUCAAGGGGCUGACGUACAACACACGGCUUUUGUAUGCAGUGAUCCCUUCGAGCAUGUACGCAAAGAAAGACAAGACCAUAGAUGCGCUCAUCAAAGCAAUGGUUGAUGAUCUCAACAAACUGUACCACGAAGGGUUUGAAGUCAGAAUGGAGGGGGCGUCCGUGAGAAUGCGUCCAGUGUGGAUCGGAACCAAAGGAGAUUGGCCUUGGAUGAGAAAGCUAUACAAACUCAAGUCUGGCUUUCAGGCACAAUGCCACAGGAAAUGCCACUUGUGUGAUGGCGCAGAUUGGUGGGACAUGGCGCCAUCCAGCCACUUGCGGAAUCUGCCUUUGGGGUACCACAACCCGUCCCCCUAUUGGCCAAAUUUCCGUUCUCCUAUGUUUGAUCUUCCUGGAGGACAAGAUGCCUUCCGUAUCCGCACGGAUCCCACCCAUACAUACCAUAUAGGAUAUGGGAAAGAUGAAAACGCAAGCAUCCUAGUCCUUUUGGCACAGCUGGGCCAUUUUGGUGGGAAGGGAUCUCUGGAUGCCAAGCUCGAAAGGGCCUUUGAACGCUUUGCCAUCUACUGCAAGUCCACCCGGAAGCACACGAGCAUCACCUUUUUCAGCAAAAAGCAGUUCAAGAUACAACAGAAGGGGAGCUUCCCUUGCGGAGGUGGCAAGGGCCAUGACACCGCAGUCCUGGGGGCCUGGCUUGAGACAGAGCUCACCUCAGUGUCUGCGGAUUCUUUUGAAAGCCCAUGGAGAGAAAUUGUACAAGUCAUGAAGUACAUGAACCGUGCGAGUAAGCUGAAGCCGAGUUUGGUCGAUGAGACAGAGCGAAAGAGAGUGCUGAAACGCGAGGAGAACAAGAGUUGGCGCUGGAACGAGGUGCUGGUGCGCAGCAAGGAAGAGAUCUUGCGAAGCUUGUUGGAGCCGGAGCGACCCUCAGGCCUGCUGGAGGCGUUCCACGCGCCGCCGGAGGCGGCCGUUCCGGCCGUUCCCGCGCCCGUGCCGCGGCCCAAAGCGCCAGCGCGGCCGAAGGAGCCCAAAGAACCUCCCCCUGCAGCUGCACCGCCUGCGCCUGCGCCUGCGCCUACUCAGCCGCCAGUGGGGCAGGUUGCACGGGUCCGGCGAGCGGCUCCAGAUGCAGCAGAGCGCGUUUUUGAGAGAAGUGGCUUCGCCGGACCCAGCAGCCGGCGCUUCCGGCCCAGCCAAUCGACCCGGGAGAGCCUGGCUUUGGCGGUGCAGCACCGUGAGCAGCGCCUGCGGACGGCCGGUGUCGAAGAGAGCCGCCCACGGAUGCGGAGCGCUUACGAGGAUGUUCCUCCGGCGGACGAGCGAGACGCUGGCGAGACAGAGAUGAUGGUUGGAGGUAAUGUCUUCCGUGUCCGCCGCCUACAGGAAGGCGAUGCGGUGCCCCAGCACGAGAACGAGUCCGGAGCGCCUCCCUCGCUGCAGUCCAUGUUGGCCUUCAUCGACGCGGAGUCGGCCGCAGAUGGAGCAGAUGAGUCUCACCGUCACGAAGGUUACCCAGAAGUAGCUCCGGCGACAGAGGUCCUACAGCCCAAACUGGUGGAGACGAAAGCGAAGGCUGAGUGCCCGGCCGGGCGUGUUGCCGAUUGGACCUUGGAGCAGGUGGGCCAAUACCUGGACUUUUUAGGGCUCAGUCACAUCCAGGAGAAGUUCAAGGAGAAUGCCGUCGACGGGCCAAUGCUCUUAGAGCUGUCCGAGGAGGAACUGUGCAAAGAGCUGGGUCUCUUGAAGCUUCAGGCUCGAAAGCUCCUGUCCCGGCUGCCGCGGGACGAGCCAGAUGGAUGA